AUGCCAGGCCUUGUUAGCAGUGGGGAAGAUUGCGCAGAUGCAUCUCACAUGAGACUUCGCGUCGUCAUAUGCGGUGCUGGUUUGGGAGGUCUGGGUGCUGCAAUAGCACUUCGGCGAAAAGGACAUGAGGUAGUGGUACUGGAAGGAGCAUCUCAGUUGAGCGAGAUUGGUGCUGGUAUUCAGAUACCUCCCAACAGCACGCGGGUUCUAGAUGCCUACGGAUUGAGCGAGAAACUCCAGCAAUGGGUUGAGCGACCGAAAAACAUCGCGUUGAAACGAUAUGCCACUGGACACGUCUUGGGCAUGACGCCGCUCCACCCACGCUUGACUAAAGCGUAUGGCUACCCGUAUCUGCUCAUUCAUAGAGCGGAUUACCAACGAAUUCUUUUUGAUGAAGCAAACGCGCUAGGAGUAAAGGUCCACAUGUCAACACGUGUUGUGUCCAUCAAUACCGAAACACCUCUUAUCACUACAGAGACAGGUGAAGAAUUCGCAGCGGAUGUUGUCGUUGGCGCAGACGGCAUAAGAUCGAAAGCACGGGAAUUUAUUAUCCCAGGCCAAGUAAUAGAGCCUAACAGUUCAUCGAAUUGCGCAUUUCGCGCGACAGUGCCUAAUCAGGAGAUGCUAUCAGAUCCAGAGGUGGCUCAUCUCAUGUCGGAUGUAAAUGCAAACAGCUGGAUCGGUUACCGGAAGCAUAUAAUGGCUUAUCCCAUUCGACAAGGCGCCAUGUACAAUCUGGUCAUGUCACAUCCCGGACAAGCUGCUUCCGGAAAAUGGAAUGAACCCGGAGAUCUCGAAGAGAUGAAAGCCACGUAUGCGGAUUUCGAUCCUGUCAUCAAGCGGGUGUUGGGAAAGGUCAACGGCUGUCUCAAAUGGAAGUUAGCUGACUUGCCAACACUACCAAGCUGGGUCAGUGAAUCCGGAAGAGCUGUCCUUAUUGGCGAUGCGGCUCAUGCUAUGGUACCAUACCUGGCACAGGGAGCGAGUAUGGCAAUCGAAGACGGCGCUGCACUUGCAGAAUGCUUGAGUCGUGUCCGAACGAAAGAACAAAUCCCACGCUAUCUACAAGUCUUUGAAAGUAUAAGGAAGCCUCGAUGUGAACGCAUUCAAGAGAGUUCGAGGCUCAAUGGCGAUAUGUGGCAUAUGGCAGAUGGGCCUGGGCAGGAGGCGAGAGACAAGGCUUUGAAAAAGGAUGAUUUUCAGGAAGAUCUCCCAUCACCAGACCUGGAUGGAAGUAACCCCAACCUAUGGUCAGACAGAGGAUUCCAACCCUGGCUAUUUGGGCACGAUGUCUUUGCUGAGACUUCUAAAGCACUUGAUGAAAUGGAGCAGAAAAGGAGACCAUGA